AAUAGAAAUUUCAAUAUAUAUUAUUCAUGCUUCUCACAUUUAAUUUAAACGUACUAUUUGUAUUAUUAUUCAUACAUUAGAAUAAAGAAAUAAUUAGUUAUCACAAUUCAUUUCAAAGAUGCUAAUUAGGUUGGUACAUGCACAAACAAGAAUUAUAUAAUCGAUUACAGCGGAUUAUUUAUAUAAGUAAUACUUCGUACUUCGUAUAACGUUUUAUUAUAGAGAAUAAUAAAUCAUUGCUAAUGGCUUUUAUUAUGAUGAUCAUCAUAUGUGGUGGAGAGCAUAUCCAUGGCUGCUUGAGGAUGGUUUUCGACUGAUCUGACGCCUGAACCUUCUCCAUAUCCUACCACUUUCGUUUUCCGCAUUUCUUCCUCAAUAUCAAUCUCAUCAUCAAGGGUUAAGAGGGCAGCUGCUUUUGUUCCUUUUGGGCCUGCAGCAAUGUCUUCUCGUACUCUUAUACGUUCAUAUAUUCUCACUUCAUCCUCUUCUUCAAUGACUCUCUUCUUUCGCUUCUUAAGAAACCAACAAAUUGCCACGCAGAGAAAUGCUAGAAAUACUAGUCCACCGAGCGAGGCAAAGACGACGACGAUGAUUGUAUUGGGAGCGGGUGGCGGUGGUGGUGGAGAAAAGGGCUGAGUUGGGGGUGGAGGAGCUAUACGAGGUGGUGGUGGAGAAAAUCUUUGAGGUGGUGAGGGCGGUGGGGUUGGGACGUGCGGUGGCGGUGGACGGGUUGGAGCGCGUGGUGGUGGUGGGGGUGGAGCUCGACGAGGGGGUGGUGGCGAUGGUGGGGGUGGAGCUCUACGAGGUGGAGGUGGGGAUGGUGGCGGUGGAGCACUAUGAGGUGGCGGUGGCGAUGGUGGUGGUGGAGCUAUACGAGGUGGCGGUGGCGAUGGUGGGGCUCUUUGAGGUGGCAGUGGUGAUGGUGGUGGUGGGGCUCUACGAGGUGGCGGUGGGGAUGGUGGUGGUGGAGCCCUAUGAGGUGGCGCUGGCGAUGGUGGUGGUGGAGCUCGACGAGGGUGGCGGUGGCGAUGGUGGUGGUGGAGCUCUACGAGGUGGCGGUGGAGAUGGUGGUGGUGGGGGUGAUGGUGGUGGUGGGGCUCGACGAGGUGGCGGUGGCGAUGGUGGAGGAGGAGCUCGACGAGGUGGCGGUGGCAGUGGUGAAGGAGGAGAUCGAUGAGGUGGCGGGGGCGGUUUUAGGAUAGGCCGGCAAUGUGGUUGGUUGGGAGUUGAGGGCGGGACAAUACUCCAAGGGGAUAGAGGAUUGUUAGGUCGUGUAAGAGGAGAAAAUAGAUAAUUUCGGAUUGAUUCCAUCGCAAGUACUAUAGGUGUUGGCUCUCAAAAGAGUAAAAAUGGUCAGUGAUGGAAGCACAUUGGUUGUAUUGAGAGUUGUGA